AUGGAGUAUUCUGAGCCUCCUGAAUCCUUCAACGUGAAUGAACCACAAGGUUGGACAAAGUGGAAACAAAAAUUUGAAAUCUUUUUGUUGGCUUCUGGAAGAAGCGAGGCUGCAGAGAAAAUAAAAGUGGCAUUGUUGCUGAAUAUCCUUGGUGAAAGUUGUCUGGAUAUUUUCAACACAUCUCCCCAAAACAAAAGAGACAAUUUUGAUGAUGUUAUAUCUUGUUUUGAUAACCACUUUCUGUCCAAACAAAACAUUUGUAUGGAAACCUUUAAGUUUAAUAAUAUCCAGCAAAAAGAAGGUCAGGGCAUUGGUUCAUUUUUAACAGAACUUAAGAAGCAAGCUGCAAAUUGUGGAUUUAUUUGUGAGAAAGACAAUUGCAAGCAAAGUUAUGGAGAUCGAAUGAUUAAGGAUAGGAUGGUCUUGGGCGUGCUUGAUAAACAAGUUCAGAGACAUUUGCUGAGAGAGACAACCAUGUCUCUGGACAAAAUGCAAGAAUAUUGUAGGAGCAUAGAGGUGACCUUAAAGCAUGUCGAACUGUUAAAUACAAAAGAAGAAACAGAAGAAAUAAACGCAGUUAAAUUUAAGUUUACAAGAAACUGUAUACGGUGCGAUACAAAGCAUGAGGUGAGAAAGUGCCCUGCAUAUAACCAAACCUGUGAGAUUUGCAAUAGAAAAGGACACUUUUCUAACCUUUGUUUCUGGAAAAAUAAGCAGAGAAAUGAUGAGCAACCAAGCUCGUCAAAUCAACCAAGCUCGUCAAAUGAACAGGGAAAAAGGCAUCUGAGGUACAAAAAAAUGUAA